AUGGCUUCCACCGAGCAAGACCCCCUCCUCCUGCUUCGCCAGUCCAUCGCGUCUGGAGGCGCAAUUCUACCGACCGCGUCUAGCGACGUCUCAGCGCAAGAAGUUCCCCUUUCGCAAGCGACGCACCUCACCUUCUCCACCCCCUCCCACAUAUCCCUCCCUAUCGAUAUCCAAACCCGAUUCACCUCGAACGAUACCCCUGUAGAUCUGCGCAGUAUCUACAUCGCCUGGUUGAAGCGAGAAGUCGCAAUUCCCGAGUACAAUGCCUCUGUAUCGAAGCUUAAUGAGGAGCUCGGGGACAAGGGACAAGUCCGCAUGCUUGCCUUUGUCGAGCGGCUAGAUCUUAUCACAUGGCUCGAGGGAGCUAGCGAAGAAUGCGAGUACAUCAAGCCGCUGGCCGGAGAUAAGGAUGGCUCAACUUCUACUGCAGCUGCAGCUCUUGCUUCCAAGGGUGCAGCAGCUCCCGCAAUCGGUGCGAAGCUAGGGAGAUCUGGGAAGGGUACCUUGGAUCCAAGACUUGCGGUUAUCUAUAACAGCGAGCGCAAGAUGGGCGAUCGAAACAGUGUACUUAGAGGCAUCAAGCCAACGGACUUCUCGCACGUUCGAAAGCUAGCUGCGCCCCUCAUGUCCAAGAAGUCGCAACAAGCUCCACCUACUGCCAUAUCUAAUAAUCCGGCGCUGGCCACACACAAGAAACCUAGACGACCCGAUCCUAUUAUCCUACUUUCGCCUUCCGCCUCCUCUCUCCUCCGCAUGACGAAUGUCAAGUCUUUCCUCGAGAAUGGCCAAUAUGUUCCGCCUAACUCGCUGUCUGCUAGUUCCAGCACAGGUGCGAGUAUGCUGCACAUCAACCGCCUACUGAAGGACAUCGACCCGAAUCGACCUAUGAGGUUUAUCUUGGUCGAAGGCCCUGAGCAGUUCAAGCCAGAAUAUUGGAAUCGGGUGGUCGCAGUCUUCACGACUGGCCAGAGUUGGCAGUUCAAGAACUACAAGUGGAGCAACCCUAGCGAGUUAUUCCGCCACAUUCCCGGUAUCUACGUCGGCUGGCGAAACGAAAAGCCCCCCGAGGCCGUACGUAACUGGGGGCACAGAGUAAUGAGCGUCGGCAUAGAUCCCUGGAAGGAGUCGGUUCAUAAUACGAUAGAUUCGAGCCGGUGGAGGGAUCAUGAGAUCGUUGAGCAUAUUUGGAAGGCUAUCGAGGGGAACAUGAGAAGCAAGGGCUGGAGACGAGAUCAGGCUCCCUCAUCGAUAUGA